AUUUUCAGUGAUUCUUGAUAUAAAAAAAGUUAUGUAAUUUCGUUUUUAAUUUAGUAAUUAAAUUUAUAAUUAUAUUUCAUAUAAUAUUAAUAAAUAUAUAUUUUAUGUAUAUUUUCAUAAUAGUAUGCUACGGAACUCCAUAUAAGAGGGUAUUUUAUGAAGUGCCACCCUACCCACAUAUUUCUGUAUGUGAAUAAUACAUUAAAUAUAUUCACUAUUUUUUACACUUCUACUUACUAUAUUCAUCUUUUAAUUUGCACUACUUUGAAGCUAUAGGAAAUGAAAUGGGCUUCAUUUUGAGAAUUGUGAUAUGCAUUUAGCGUUUCACUGUUGCUUUUGCAUUGGUACUUGGAUUCAACUCACAGCCUAGCUUUUAGCUAGUGCAAACAAACAGUGCAACUGAACAGGGCACCCUUCCGUUGAGGGGCCCAAAAUCCACAACACCUUAAUAUAAUUAAAUAUACAUUUAAUUAUUACUUGUAACAAAACUGACUUUAUCCCUCACUUAAAAUUUAUUGUACUUAAAUUUUAUAUUAAAUUUUAGAAAUGUUAUUAUAAGUUUAAGUAUUAUUGAUGUUAUUUUUCAUUAUUUUCCAUCAACAAUGAUUGUUCAUUAACUUUUAAACAUAAUACAUGUAAUUUUCAACUUUUAUAAUAUAUUAAUGAUAAUCACAAACACAAAAUCAAAAUAAUUGAAUAAUAAUCAUUAUAACAAAACCCAACAUCAAAUAGAAGAUUAAAAAUAAAUCUUGAUCUUGAAUUAUGUAUCUCUAGAAUACAUUUCUAGUGUUUUUUUUAACUAUUUUAAAUUUUGAGAGAUGAAAUUUUUUAAUUCUAUGAGUUUAGAAUUAUAUAGAAAAAAUUGUUUAUGUAUUAUUAAAAUAUUAUACCCUAAUAUAUACACUUAGAAUGUGUAAUUUUAAAAAAAAAAUAUUAUAGUUGAAUAUAUCCUAGGGCAUCACUUUAUGAUAUGGACAGGGCCUCAACAUAGUUUGAGCCGGGCUUAUCAACAUGGAGUACCACACUGUAUUGUUCGGGUUAAAAUUUUAUUUUUUUAAUAGACUAAACUGAGCUAUUUUUUUUAUAUUUCAUGUUUUAAAUUUAUUUUGCUAUGUGAUUAUUAACUAAUAACAAAUAAUCAUUAACUGCAAUUAUUAAGCUAAUAACUAAUAACAAUUUACACUUGUAUAUAAAUAAUAAUCAAUUAAUAUUCCUGUAAAAUUUGUUUUAUGUUAAAUUUUCAAGAGACAAAACCUAUUUCAGGCAUGUGAGGAGAAAUGUAAAGAAAUACAAAACAAUUGUGAUUAAGGUAGACAUCAAAUGAUAUUAAGAAAAAUUGACCAUGUGAUCAGAGGGUAUCUAAGUUUUAUUUGCGCGCACACACACAUACUCAAUAUUUUUUAUUAUGCCAUUCUUUUUUGGGGAAAGCGGUAUUUUUAGUAAAAUUUUGGCAUCUUAUUCUUAUUACAAAAAUCUCUUAUGUAUGGAAAUAACCACAUUGGUAAAAAAAAUCUUGAGGCAUAUAAAUUAUUUGUUGGAAAUAAACGAAAUAGGUAAUAUGUAAUGAACUAAGCUUCAACUAGUUUUUUUAUCAACACAUUAAAUCAUACAAAUUAGGCGAGAAGAGGCGAACCCGAGACCACUCUCUUGACCGAAAUUUGAUGCCAUGUUAAGCAAUCAACAAUCCUAAAAUCUUAGUGUGGUAGGAGGUGGGCUUAUGUGGAUCAUAUACAAAUAUGGAACCUUUGUAUAGUAUUACUCUAUAUAAGAAUAAACUCCUUAUAAUAAUACAAGUUUAUGGUCCAAACUCUAUGUAAUGAUAAUCUUUUUACAGGACCGCUUACUCGAAAUUAUACUCUAUCAAUUCACCUCUGUCGAAAGCCUGUUUCUAGGUGGACAGUGGGUCACGAGCACAUCUCGGGACAAUAAUUUGUCUCCAUUAUAAAAAUGAUAAUACUGGGGGUUGGGACUCUGAGAUAUAGUUAUUAUUGUAAUAAAGGUAGCCCAUUUAUUUUUAUCGCUUAAAUACAAUUUCUUAAUAAUAUACAAUAUUAAUAUCUUGUCCUUUACAACAUAUAUACUUUUGUAUAAUUUGAUUACUUCAGAAAAACAUUAAACCUUUACACUGAUUUUGUUCUAUGGAAAUAAUAGCUGGAUAUUCAUAUCGAACUUGAAGUUCCAAUUGAAAUCAACAAAAUCCGCAAGAUUCAAAUUAUCCUCGCGUAAUUAAAAAAUAUCUAUAUCUACUUAGCAAAAGAAACAAAAAGAACGUCUAGAUUCAAUUAUCCCAAAUUAAAAAUGUACGCCUAAUUGUGUUUUCAGGGUAUAAGUGUUAUGUUAUCUUUCAAAAUUGUUCUCAGAGAAGCAGAAGAACAUUAGCUAAAAAAUUGUUCUUUCAGAGAAGCAAAGGAAAUUUAGCUUGAGGAUGGGCGGGAAAAAACAUAACUACAAUUCCUGGGAAGAGAGAACUAUUUCUGAGGUCAAUGUCGAAUAUCACUUGAGAUCGUGUUCAGGAAAUUCACUGCUUGCUGCUGUUGGUAAUGAGAACAGAGAAGGUCGGAUGACGUAUGUAGUUGCGAAGGAGUAUCUUGAGGCUUUUGGGUCAAAUGCAACCAUUAAUGCAUAUACACAGUGGAGAAACCGGCACGAUGUAGUGCAGUGGCUCAUAUCAUUGGUGAGAAAUGAUGACUCGCUGCCCGCUUUAUCAGAUUCCUACCUUGUUCCAAAGAACAAACGUCAUGGUUCAAGUAUUGAUGAAGAGGAGAAGCCUGCCCAGGGAAAUCCUAUAAAGAGCUUUCGUAAGAAGUUGAGGAGUAGCUUAGUGCACCAGAAACAGGAUACUGGCAGGUCAAAUGCAAUAAAUCUAGUCCCACCAAAAGAAGCAGGACCAAGUGAACCAACCGAUUCCGACCUUGUUCCAAAGAACAAACGUCAUGGUUCAAGUAUAGAUGAAGAGGAGAAGCCUGCCCAGGGAAAUCCUAUAAAGAGCUUUCGUAAGAAGCUAAGGAGUAGCUUAGUGCACCCGAAACAGGAUACUGGCAGGUCAAAUGCAAUAAAUCUAGUCCCACCAAAAGAAGCAGGACCAAGUGAACCAACCGAUUCCUACCUUGUUCCAAAGAACAAACGUCAUGGUUCAAGUAUUGAUGAAGAGGAGAAGCCUGCCCAGGGAAAUCCUAUAAAGAGCUUUCGUAAGAAGUUGAGGAGUAGCUUAGUGCACCAGAAACAGGAUACUGGCAGGUCAAAUGCAAUAAAUCUAGUCCCACCAAAAGAAGCAGGACCAAGUGAACCAACCGAUUCCGACCUUGUUCCAAAGAACAAACGUCAUGGUUCAAGUAUUGAUGAAGAGGAGAAGCCUGCCCAGGGAAAUCCUAUAAAGAGCUUUCGUAAGAAGUUGUCAAAUGCUAUAAAUCUAGUCCCACCAAAAGAAGCAGGACCAAGUGAACCAACCGAUUCCGACCUUGUUCCAAAGAACAAACGUCAUGGUUCAAGUAUUGAUGAAGAGGAGAAGCCUGCCCAGGGAAAUCCUAUAAAGAGCUUUCGUAAGAAGUUGAGGAGUAGCUUAGUGCACCAGAAACAGGAUACUGGCAGGUCAAAUGCAAUAAAUCUAGUCCCCCCAAAAGAAGCAGGACCAAGUGAACCAACCGAUUCCUACCUUGUUCCAAAGAACAAACGUCAUGGUUCAAGUAUUGAUGAAGAGGAGAAGCCUGCCCAGGGAAAUCCUAUAAAGAGCUUUCGUAAGAAGUUGAGGAGUAGCUUAGUGCACCAGAAACAGGAUACUGGCAGGUCAAAUGCAAUAAAUCUAGUCCCACCAAAAGAAGCAGGACCAAGUGAACCAACCGAUUCCGACCUUGUUCCAAAGAACAAACGUCAUGGUUCAAGUAUUGAUGAAGAGGAGAAGCCUGCCCAGGGAAAUCCUAUAAAGAGCUUUCGUAAGAAGUUGAGGAGUAGCUUAGUGCACCAGAAACAGGAUACUGGCAGGUCAAAUGCAAUAAAUCUAGUCCCACCAAAAGAAGCAGGACCAAGUGAACCAACCGAUUCCUACCUUGUUCCAAGGCACAAACGUCAUGGUUCAAGUAUAGAUGAAGAGGAGAAGCCUGCCCAGGGAAAUCCUAUAAAGAGCUUUCGUAAGAAGUUAAGGAGUAGCUUAGUGCACCAGAAACAGGAUACUGGCAGGUCAAAUGCAAUAAAUCUAGUCCCACCAAAAGAUGCAGCGGCAAGUGAACCAACCGAUUCCGACCUUGUUCCAAAGAACAAACGUCAUGGUUCAAGUAUAGAUGAAGAGGAGAAGCCUGCCCAGAGAUAUCCUAUAAAGAGCUUUCCUAAGAAGUUAAGGAGUAGCUUAGUGCACCAGAAACAGGAUACCGGCAGGUCAAAUGCAAUAAAUCUAGUCCCACCAAAAGAAGCAGCAGCGAGUGAACCAACCGGACGGUUUACUCCACGGGAAUACUCGAACAGAGUUGAAAUAUUCUGUGGGAUCUCGAUGAGAACCUUCAGAGACUUAUGCACUCUUGUGAAGGAGCCUCUGUCCAAUUCACCGAGAUACAAAUUUAACGAUAACAGGGAAUUAACCGUGGAUGCUAAAGUGGCCAUAGCUAUGAGAAGGCUUAAAUUGGGAAAGUCGCUGAACUCAAUCGGUGAUGAAACUGGGAUGCACUCAUUUACUGCUGACAAGGUCACACGGUCCUUUGUGGAGGCAGUAAAUGGCCUUAGCCACCUCCAUGGGCCUGGCGCUGCCACUGAAGGGGGAACGAGUGCUGAGACAUUGGAUAGUGCCGUUGAAGAGGGAAUGAGUGUUGAGAAAUUGGAUAGGCUAAAGGAAGAAUGGAAGGUUCUUACAACCGGAAUGAAACCUGAGAAGCUUCGUUGUAUGAUUAAGGCCUGCUGCAUCUUGCAUAACAUUGUCACUGAUAUGAAUGAUUAGAGGCAUCGUGAGCUAUCUCAGUCGCAAGGUCAUCAUCCGGACUUUAUGACUCACAAAUUUUAAAGAUUAAUUUUGUAUUUGUUAGAAAGAUUUGCACCAUCUCUUCCAAAUAUUUAUGUGGUUUCAACUUUAUAUUCGUAUGUUGUGUGAUUCUUUAUUUUUGUGGUCCGUCAUCUUUUGUUCAUGAGUUUGUUUAGUAUCUUUA